AAGGAAGGAGAAAUAGAGCGUGUGUGAGAGUGAACUCUUUCCCGAAUGAUUUUGGCUUUGCGUCUGCAAAUCCAGAUGUCGGGUAGUAGUGGGCUGUACGAUGGCUCCUUGAAGUGCACCCGUCCGCAGUUUCACAUGACCAGCGGUGGUGGUGGAGUCCCUUCCCCCAAACUAAACCGCUCCUCCCCUGUAUUUUGCGCCUCCAGUCGACAUGUGCAACGGCAACAUCAUUAAGGGAAACUACCAAAUGUCUUGAAGGGAGUCGUGAGAGCCAAGUAAUUUGUAUGGUUCACUCUUUCGUUAGGUUACUAUCUGCGUUCUGCUCGUUUUUUGUUUUUUUUUGCGCGUUCAUAACAUCUCGCCGGGUGACACCAGGGAGAGAGAAAGAAGAGGGAGGAGAGGGGAGGGGGUUCGGCUGAAUGCACGGAGUCGCUCCCCCCGAUGAAUUGAAUAGUGCAGCGCUGCUCCUUGGAAGCAGGCCAACGUCCCUGUGAAAAAGCGCGUUUAGCAGCGAGAUGGGAUGUCUUGGCACUGUUGUCAGCCCGGUUUGCUUGCAGUGAGUGAAAGGAGGGAGGGCUGAAUUGGAUUCCGGCUACGAGCUAUUCUCGCCGGGCACAAUGGAAUGGAUGCUGUCGCUGUUUUAGGUCUGGAUAUCACUAUACCGCGGACCUAACAGAUCGUGUUUGGAUUAAUACGAAACGGACUGUUUUUGGACAAUUCAUGUUGAGGGAACGCUAACAUCUACAAGAUGACGGAGGGGCGGCGAUGUCAGGUCCAUCUCCUCGACGACAGGAAGCUGGAGCUCCUGGUGCAGCCCAAGCUGAUGGCGAAGGACCUGCUGGACCUGGUGGCGUCCCACUUCAACCUGAAGGAGAAGGAGUACUUUGGCAUCGCCUACACGGACGAGACGGGUCACUUCAGCUGGCUGCAGCUGGACAGGCGUGUGCUGGAGCACGAGUUCCCCAAGAAGUCUGGACCCAUCAUCCUCUACUUCUGCGUCAGGUUCUACAUUGAGAGUAUAUCUUACCUGAAGGACAAUGCCACCAUUGAGCUCUUCUUCCUCAACGCCAAGUCCUGCAUAUACAAGGAGCUUAUUGAGGUGGAUAGUGACGUCGUCUUUGAGCUGGCCUCCUACAUUCUCCAGGAGGCAAAAGGAGACUUUACCAGUAAUGACGCCACCAGGUCUGACCUCAAGAAGCUGCCCGCCCUCCCCACACAAGCUCUCAAAGACCAUCCCUCACUGGCCUACUGUGAGGACCGAGUGAUCGAGCACUAUAAGAAGCUGAGUGGUCAGUCCAGAGGCCAGGCCAUUGUCAACUACAUGAGCAUCGUGGAGUCCCUCCCCACAUAUGGAGUUCAUUACUAUGCUGUAAAGGAUAAGCAGGGCAUCCCGUGGUGGCUGGGCCUGAGCUACAAGGGCAUCUUCCAGUACGACUAUCAGGACAAGGUCAAGCCCAGGAAGGUGUUCCAAUGGAGGCAGCUGGAGAACCUUUACUUCAGAGAGAAGAAGUUCUCGGUGGAAGUUCAUGAUCCCAGAAGCAGGGCGUCGGUGACCCGGAGGACGUUUGGGCACAGUGGCAUCGCGGUGCACACCUGGUACGCCUGCCCCGCCCUGAUCAAGUCCAUCUGGGCCAUGGCCAUCAGCCAACACCAGUUCUACCUGGACCGCAAACAGAGCAAGUCUAAGAUCCAUGCAGCCCGCAGCCUGAGUGAGAUAGCCAUUGACCUGACUGAGACGGGCACCCUCAAGACGUCCAAGCUGGCCAACAUGGGCAGCAAAGGCAAGAUCAUCAGCGGCAGCAGCGGCAGUCUGCUCUCCUCUGGCUCCCAGGAGUCGGACAGCUCCCAGACGGCUAAGAAGGACAUGCUGGCAGCCCUGCGGGCCAGACAGGACGCCCUGGAGGAGACGCUACGCCAACGCCUGGAGGAGCUCAAGAACAUCUGCAUCAGAGAGGCCGAGCUGACGGGCAAGCUGCCCAAGGAAUACCCUCUGGAGCCGGGGGAGGAGCCUCCCACCGUACGCCGCAAGAUUGGCACCGCCUUCAAGCUGGAUGAGCAGAAGAUCAUGCCCAAAGGAGAGGAGGAGGAGCUGGAGCGUCUGGAGCGUGAGUUUGCCAUCCAGUCCCAGAUCACGGAGGCGGCGCGGCGCCUGGCAACGGACCCGCACGUGAGCAGCAAGAAGCUGAAGAAGCAGCGCAAGAGCUCCUACCUCAACGCCCUCAAGAAGCUGCAGGACAUCGAGAACGCCAUCAACGAGCACCGCGUACGCUCCGGCAAGAAGCCCACGCAGAGGGCGUCGCUCAUCAUCGAGGAAGCAAAUAUUGGAUCGGAGGACAGCUCUUUGUCGGACGCUCUGGUGCUAGAUGACGAUGACGCCCAGACCACGGGCACCCCCACCUUCUCCCCCGCCGCCUCCCCACACAAAGGCCUCCCCCCGCGGCCGCCCUCGCACAGCCGGCCCCCUCCCCCGCAGUCCCUGGACGGCCUACGCCACCUGCACUACCAGCGCACAGACUACGACAAGUCGCCCAUCAAGCCCAAGAUGUGGAGCGAGAGCUCCCUGGACGAGCCCUACGAGAGGGUCAAGAAGCGCUCAUCACACUCCAGUAGUCACAGGCGGUUCCCCAGUACGGGCAGUGAGGCGGGGGGCAGUAACUCUCUCCAGAGCAGCCCCAUCCGCAGCCUGCCCCACUGGAACUCCCAGUCCAGCAUGCCCUCCACCCCCGACCUGAGGACCCGGGCACCGCACUACGUACACUCCACCAGGUCGGUGGACAUCAGCCCCACGCGUCUGCACAGCCUGGCGCAGCACUUCCGCCACCGCAGCUCCAGCCUGGAGUCGCAGGGCAAGCUGCUGCUGGGCAUGGAGGCCGAGGCGGGCGCCUCCUCGCCGGACCUCUGCCCGCACACGCCGGGCACCAACGGCUCCGACCCGCUGGACGACUGCUCCUCCUGCACCAGCCAGUCCAGCUGCGAGCACUUCUACCCUCCCGGCGGCAGCGGCGUCUCGGCCUCCGCCGGCCACGCCAACUACUCCACGCUGGCCGAGGACUCGCCGUCCAAAGCCCGGCAGCGGCAGAGGCAGCGCCACCGCUCGGCGGGCCACCUGGGAGGCUCCAACUCGGGCAGCAUGCCCAACCUGGCCGGGGCGCGCAGCGGGGGCUCCGGGGGCUCCGGCUGUGGCGGCAGCGUGGGCGGCUCCGGGAGCUCCGGCGGCUCGGGGUCCGGGGUGCUCGGCGGCGCCCAGCACGGCGUCUACAUGAGCAGCCAGUCGCAGCCCUCGUCGCAGUACCGCAUCCGGGAGUACCCGCUGUACUGUGGCGAUGGCGGCAGCCCCGCCGGGGUGGUGGUGCGCAGCCUGGAGAGCGACCAGGAGGGCCACUACAGCGUCAAGGCCCAGUUCAAGACCUCCAACUCCUACACGGCCGGCGGCAUGUACAAGGAGAGCUGGGCGGGCGACGACGGGGACAGCGGCAGCACCAGCGGCAGGCUCACGCCCUCCAGGUCGCAGAUCGUACGGACGCCGUCGCUGGGGAGAGACGGAGGGGGCAGCGCCGGGGGGAGCGGUGGAGGAGGCAGGGCGGCCGUGUCGGAGGAGCUGCGGUGCUGGUACCAGAGGUCCAGCGGGUCCAUCAAGGAGAGCAGCGGGCGAGGGAGCCGGGUCGGGACACUCGUCAAGGGCUCGCCAGCUGCCUCCCCACAUAGUCAGAGGAGUGGAACUCCAUCCAGUGAGCUGGCAGCCACGCCCCCCAUCAGCCCACAGCAUAUACUGAGCUGGCAGAGCGGAUCGCUGAAAGACAGCUGUUUCCUGAACAGCUCCCUGUGCUCUGAGCUGCUGGAUGUGCAGUGGUAUGGACAUGAGAAGGCAAAGCCUGGGACACUCGUCUGACCUGACCUGACCUGCCCUGACCUCCCCCCUUCUCCAUCCAUCCAUCUCUCCAUCUCUCCAUCCCUCCCUGACCCCAACUCUCUCUGUCUCUCUCCAUCCCUCUGGCAUAUCACUUGGUCCCUCACUGCCCACAGAGGGCAUCCUUUAACGGCAGCACUGAGCCAUGAGGGUGAACUGGACCCCUCUACUCUCAGUGGGAAGAUGUGUACCACUCAACAAAUGAAAGCUGACUGACCGACCACCCAGCCUUCCUCCUCCUCCUCCUCCUCCUCCCUCUGCAUCUCACCAUCCGUGUGUGUACUGUAUGUGUGAGUGUCUGUUUCUUGAAUGACAUAACACGGCUGGACUAAGAGGGUUCACAGACACAGAGAGAGAGGAACUGAUCCUGUAGGGAACGCGAGUGUGAAUCUGACCUGAUGAUGCCACGCCAUUCUCCUGGACAUUGGGAAACCCCGCUCAUCCCUCGUCUGUGUGCGGCCCGGCCCGGCCCAUGGGCGCUCCUCCAUCCUGACCUUUGAACUUUUGACCUGGAGAGCAAGCAGACUUGAUAGCACAUAGUUUCCCCCCCUGGUGACAGCAGCCUGGCUUGUUCCAUACCAGUCUACUGUCGGGACUAAUGGAUGUGGAUGUGGACAAUCGGGGUGUGUGCUCUGUGUGUGUGUGUGUGUGUGUGUGUGUGUGUGUGUGUGUGUGUGUGUGUGUGUGUGUGUGUGUGUGUGUGUGUGUGUGUGUGUGUGUGUGUGUGUGUGUGUGUGUGUGUGUGUGUGUGUGUGUGUGUGUGUGUGUGAGAGUGUGUUGAGACAAGGGUUGGUCAAAGGCAAAACACACAUAUCAUGUGAACCCACACCAUCUCUCUUGAUAUGCAGUGGGAAUAGAGCGAAUUUUUCACACACACACGCACACACGCACACGCGCACCUACACACGCCCAUGUGCACACACACACACACACACACACACACACACACACACACACACACACACACACACACACACAGAAAGAGAGAGAGGGGCGUACACCUGUCAGCGACUGCAUAUCCCGGGUCUGGAUAUGUGGGUGGCAUGAGAUUAUAGUCCCCUGUCCACCACGUUGUCCAUUGAAGACCUCUGUGAUGCCCCAUCUUCUCCAGCCCUUGAACAGGAGAGCUCAGCAGCUUUUCUCCUAUUUUGUGGACAGUGGUUUUCCCCUUUUUUUCUGUUUGUUCAUAGUUUUAUUUGUUUGUUCGUUUGUUUGUUUCAUUCUUGUAUUGUUUUGUAAAAAGUUUUUUUUUUAAAAGAAGUUAUAUAAAUCUCUCUCCAUACUAUAUAAAACUAUAUCACUGAAGACCAUCUCCUUCGUUCUCUACCAAUUCCUUUCUUUUCCAUCACGUUGUUCACUUGGACCGUUCCUAAAUCCUCCUCCUUUCGCCAGCUGUGGAUGUAGUCUUAGGAGAAUGGGGGAUAUUAAUGAAUGAAUGAACCUUCGACGCCAACAACCUUCCCAAAAUCUUGUCUGAUGAAUGAGGAAACAUUCAAAGCCGACAACCUUCUCAAACCUUGUCUGAUCCGCAACCAAAGAGCUGCAGACCCCACCUCACUCUCUUACCAGACGCGAGACGCGAGUUGACAUACCCUUGGACAUCAUCUGGAUGUUUGCCCCUUGACCAGAGGUCCCCCACCAAGGACAACAUAGCCCAAAUGUACUGCAGGACCCCGCAAAGCCCAACUCUGCCCUACACCCAACCUGAGGGGAACCAUCAGGUCCAACCUCAGUUGACCUGAGUCUCUUUUUAUACUGUUCCUCCUGCCCCAAACCAUACUGACCAAGCAACCGACCAACCGACCACCAGCCCCUCUCCUCCCUCCUCGACACCUACUCCCUCCACUGUCUCCGGGUUAGCAGGGUGCAUUCUUAUCCCCUCUAAAACAAAGAACAAAACAAUGAAGACAUGCGUGCUGGGGGAGUGGGGUUGAAAAAAAAAUGUGUCUUGUUUGUAUGUGGGGAAUAUUUUUGAGGGGAAGGGUUUCAUGGUCUUCAUUUUGGGUUUUUUCUUUAUUUCCCUGUGUGUGACGUCUCUCUUGUUGUUCAAUUAUGGACAGUGUCAGUGUGGAUUGUUGAAGGAGUUGUUGAUCUAUGUGCUGUCUGAGGUGUUCUUCACCAGUGGAGUCCCUCGAAACUGUAGAUGGUGUGUGUUUGGAAACUGGUAAACAGAGAGUCGAUUCCAGCCUCUUGAACCAUUCACCAACUCUUUCCCAUCUAUUGUAUGACUAUGGUGCUCAGAACAUGUACUGUACUCAGUCCAUAGAGUGUUGGGGGAAGAAACUACAACUCCCAGCAGCACUUGCUCUCCCUCAGUAUUCAAUACAGUGCAGAGAAUCCACACAAGGGAUCAUGGCAGUUUGAGUACUUCAUACCUUACAGUGAAAUCCAAAAUGGCGUUCCCAGCAUCACACUUGGAAUACAGAAGGAAACAGAACAGUAUCACAGUUAACUGCCAAUACCCGAUGACAUUUAUGUCUAUCAUAGGUCUAUACCUCUUGCCACAGUUAUUAAUAUUUAAACGUGAUAUUCAUGUAAGAGCACAGCCAAUAUUAGCACAUAGAGUUUAACCUAAAGGAUAAAACUGCACAUUUUAAAAACCACAACAGCAUUCCAGCAUGAAGACAGGGCCAGAGCUUCAACAAGAGAACCUCAGUUCAAACGGAAACAGAAACACAAACCGAACUCAAUCUAACCGCCUAUUCUGUGGAUCACACCAUGUGACGCCACUCUUCCGGGUUCUUGAGAUCGAGGGCUGAAAUUGAUUGCAAUCAGUGUCAUGCAACGGGUUAUCUUUUUUGUGGCCAGUGUCAUCAUCCAAAAUAUCACAUAUAGCAAAGCAACAGUGUAAUAUAGAAGUCCAGUGUGAGUGAUACAGUCAAUUAAAAUACUCACCAGUUGCUGGGCAGCAGAGAGGCUAUACAGUAGCCUACCCUUAACUUUUCCCCAGCUAAUAAACAAUGAUUUACCUGCUGGUGUAUACUCUGGUGGAGAUGGUGCCAUCCACUACUCUCUGAACUGCAACCCCAUCCCCUCCCCCAGAGCUGUGAGACUCUUCUGACCGCGACAGUGCUUUAUUUCUCUCAGAGAUUCUCCCUGCCCUGCCACCAUCACCUGCCUAUAUACCCCUCUCCCAACAGCAGAGGGACUACACGUAAAGCCAUACUUUAAAUACCCUUUUAUAUCGCAAUUCUGCAUGCUGGCUUGGCCCACAACAACUGGAACACAACUUACCUGAAACACGUACACUACACAUACAAGUAUGGAUGAGAAUUUUAAAAAAUGAAAUAUGUAGACACUGUCAUGUCGAAACAAUGAAACAGUAUCUAUUUAAGAAGCACACGGUGGUACCUGGUAUGUGUUUAGGCUGAUUUUCUAAAUUUGAUUUUCAGAGAGCAUCAUUGAGCUUUUAAGACACGUGCCAACUGCUGAUCGAUCUAGCAACCCUUUGUGUGAACAGAAACAAAAUCUACCCCAAUGUAACGCAUUGGGUUGUUGAUUAUUUGUUAAGUGUAAAUGAUGUGACAUUUGACACUAUCACCAACAACCAGGGAAGUAUCCAGCAGUGCUCAAACACCUGCUGUUCCACCACCAACACCAACACCCUCACAGGCACAUAUUCACACACAAACAGGUACGAGUGAGUACCAACUCGCUCUCUCCAUAAACUACUGCUCAUUUUCUUACUGUGCCAUGCCACUCUGGCCCAAGUUGCGGAAAAUGGGGGUACAGGGUGAGAGGAAAAUUGUUUUUGUAUAUCUUCAGUUGGCAUUUAUUUCCCUUUGUUUAGUCAUCCUUUUGUAUGUCGAGAUUGGACCAUGUUUUUGGCCCAAAACAUCUUUGUCAUUGCCACGCAUGCGGAUAAACAAUAUGGACUCUCCUCCCUUGCCCCUUCUUCCAGGAAGAAGAAAAUAAAAAAUAAAAAAUAAAAAAUAAAAGAAUAGAACCUCCAUGUGCAGUGAUCUGAGCCUAUGCCCCUGAAUUCAGACACCCCCACCCUAAUAGGUGUACUGGGGGCUUUGCAGUGACCUUUGAACUCUGAUGCCCAUAUGACCCUUCUAUACCCACAUCCUCUUCACCUUGGAAACCUGUACUCAAUAGCAACAUUAAGACUUUUUUAUAGAUCAGUAAGAGUUGAAACUAACGCAUUUAUCAACGUUCGUGAAGAUGGCAGACGGUGUGGCCUACAAGGACUCUUUUGUAAGACAAACACUUGCCAUCAUUUAAAAUGUUCUGUUCUUUUCUCUCUUUUUUCAAAUAUAAACAAGCAUUUGUUCUGUUUGUUUUGUUUUCUGACUCUGUUUCUCAGAUCUAGUUACAACCCCCCUUCAGGUGCUACAAGAAGACCAGUUACUGCUCGGUUUCAUAGGUGUAGAGUUUUCCUAAUUGUUGUCAAUAGUUUUAAUACCAGUGGUGCGAAAGGAAGGACUUUAGAUUGGACUAACAUGUGUGUAGCUCAACCCUCCACGUCUCACAGUAGAGCAUGUAACAUGAUUUUACUGGGUUCUGUUCAAACAUAACCAGACAAAAUGAAUAAUAAAAAAGGUGUUGUAGAAAACAAACGUGGAAUUGUCGGGAAGGAAGAGAGAGAGCGAGAGAGAGAGAAAAUUACAGGAUUCCACAGUUAAUUUAUUCUUUUUUUCUAUUAAGAAUUUGUAUAGUAACUUUACAUUUUUCAAAACUGUGUUGUUGGCAACUGAUACUGAAUUUUCCAGUUGAGAAAAACUUGGUGGUUCUUGAGAUUAUGAAAAUAAAUUAUUGCUGAAUGUUCUCUAAA